AUGGCGAUCGUCAUCAAGUUCUCGCUUGUCCUCUCCCUCGUGGUCCUCGUGCUGCUGCCGCCACCAUGCCGACCCCUAGAGGUCUCGAACUACCAAGGCACAGAAGAUUGGCCCGAAUUGACUGUUGCCCGGCUAGACAAGAGAAUCAUUGAAGAAGAUAGGACCGGCUUCAACAUGACAAGGUUGGGCAGAGUCACAAUCGAGCCCGAACAAGAGUUCCUGCCCGAGCCCGAACCCGAGCCCCUACCCCUGCCCGAGCCCGAACCCGAACCCGAGCCCCUACCCCUGCCCGAGCCUGAACCCGAGCCCGAGCCUGUCCCUGGCAUGAAGCCAAACCCUGCGAUCAUAAUGCCGAUCCCAACGCCCGAAAAUACCGCCGGAAAUACAACGUCCUCGGCCAUCAGCUCGUAUACUUUUGCGGUUCCCAUGGCGAUCGUCAUCAAGUUCUCGCUUGUCCUCUCCCUCGUGGUCCUCGUGCUGCUGCAGCCGCCAUGCCGACCCCUAGAGGUCUCGAACUACCAAGGCACAGAAGAUUGGCCCGAAUUGACUGUUGCUCGGCUAGACAAGAGAAUCAUUGAAGAAGAUAGGACCGGCUUCAACAUGACAAGGUUGGGCAGAGUCACAAUCGAGCCCGAACAAGAGUUCCUGCCCGAGCCCGAACCCGAGCCCCUACCCCUGCCCGAGCCCGAACCCGAACCUGAGCCCCUACCCCUGCCCGAGCCUGAACCCGAGCCCGAGCCUGUCCCUGGCAUGAAGCCAAACCCUGCGAUCAUAAUGCCGAUCCCAACGCCUGAAAAUACCGCCGGAAAUACAACGUCCUCGGCCAUCAGGUCUCACCCGUUGCUCAGUUCGAGCUUGGCUCGCGAGAUUGCCGAGUCCAUGGAUAAGAACAUCAGCCAACAGCGGCAGCAGCAACCGUCGACGAUGUCUCCUCCUCUUUCCAAGCAAGAAAGAUUGGCAUGCCGGUGA